CUAAACGGGCCGGUGGUCGGGCCGUGCUCGCGGGCAGGGUUUUCGAGUGCCGGGCCCGUUCGGGGGGGUGGUGGGGGGGGGGGGUGAAGGGGGACAGGCCUGGGCAGGACGGGCUUUGGCGCUGUCCACUGAGCUCCGCUCCGGCAUCUGUGGGCGGUGGGCUACCUGCAAGGCUACAAUGGCGCCCAAGAAAGGGAGGGGAGAUCAGCCAUUCGUUCCAGUCAGUAAAGACAAGCAGAAGGAGGCGGAGCUGAAGUUUUGCGGCUUUAAGUGGGUUACGAAGGGGCAGACGAUGGCGAAUUCGAAUGGCAAUUUCCUCAUGGAGUGCAAGCUGUGUGGUCAGGGUUUUCAGGGGAGCCAGACGAAAGCCGCACCGCACUUCACGAUCAAGAACAAUUGCGCCAAAAUCUCUGUGGAGCAGAUGGCGGAGAUAUGGAACAAGACAAAAUGUGGAUCGGGGAGGGAGCCAGCGGGGAAUGAGGAGUUUGAGGACAGCGAGGAGGAGAGGAGGGCGCUCGAGGGUGGAGAUGAUGAUGGUGAGAGUGAUGCAGAGGACAUGGAGGUGCGGCGAGAGGUGGAGGGUGCCAGGGGAAAGCUGAGGAAGGAGAAGGCGGUUGACGAGGACAGCACCCCUGACGAGGACGCAGACGACGACGAUGACGAUGAGGGAGCAGACCUUGGGGCCUCUCUGGAUGGGGGGUUGAUGGGCGAUGGCCGUCAGGGCCAAGAGGGGGCAGCUAGGGCGAUGAAGGAGGCUGCGGGAUCAAAGAAGAGAAAGAGGAAGGCGAAGAUGACUACCACUGAGGCGAGAUCAGCACUUUCUCAGCCCAAAAAGAGCAGAGUUCUUCGACAGACAUCCAUGCUGGAGACCUUCGAUCCAGUGUGGCAACGAGAAUUCUCGGACUCCGUCCUACAGUGGUGGUACGUGAGCGGCAUCCCAUUCGAGGCGGCGAGGAGGCCAGAGUAUCAUAGGAUGAGGAAGAAGUUGCUCGAGUGUCCGCCGUAUGCACAUCCGGCAUUACCCACGCACCGUGUCAUUUCGUGCGAAGGCAUCCCUCAGCAGCAGCGAGUUGUGGCGGACAUGGUGGCGGCCAUCCGCAGGGACAUUGAGGCGAUGGGAGCAACCAUCCUCACGGAUGAUCGCAAGUCCAUCACGAGCGACCAGAUAGUCAACUUCCUUUCUGCUGGUCCCACGGGCGCGUACCUUUUCAGGACUGUGCAGCAGGAUGGUGCUGUUCAGGAGACAGCAAAGGCCGAUGGGCGCGACGGGAGCCUCGGGAAGAGGGAGGACACCAUCAUCAGGGCUCGAGCUGUCGUGCGUUUCAUCAGAGAGCACGGGGCGGCUCUGAGCCUUUAUCGACGGUUCUCUGCCGCCCACCCCUCUUCCGCCUCCGCGGCGGCUGGUGGUUCGAGCUCUGCGCCACCCUCGUCUCAGCGGCGAGGCAGGGAGCUUGUGUACCUUGUGCAGACGAGGUUUGCCACCCACUACUUGAUGCUGGAGAGGCUGCUGGAUCGUCGCAGAGCGUUGGAGGCGUUGAUGAUGAGCGACGAUUGGCUGCGGACCGCAUGGAGGAGGUCCAUUUUUCUGCAGGCCAGAUGGGUGCGUCAUCAGGUGCGGUACGCGCCAUUCUGGGAGCACGUGGAGGACAUCGUGGCGCUCAUGACGCCUGUGAUGCAGUUGCUACGGCGGUGGCGAGAGCAAGCCUCAACAGGACGUCGAAGGACGAGCUCCACAUCGUUGUUCAGGCUUGUCAGGCGCGGGUCGCUCAUAUGUUGGAGCCCGCACAUUGCAUGGCCCACCUCCUCAAUCCGCGCAGAGGAGCAUUACUUUUUUUGGAGCGGCGAGGCGUACCGACCACGAGCGGCAGACGGGUCGUUGCGAUACCUUCGCCAGCAGACUGGUGGUGAUGAGGAUUUGUAUCAGACGUUGCGCACGCAGCUGGCGGAGUUUCAUUCUCGGGAGGGCGAUUGGAGGUAUGGAGGGGCCGAGGGAGACAGGGAUGCGGCCGCCUGCAAAGGGGAGAAGGAGAUGUCACAGUGGUGGGUUCAGCACGGGGACGGGGUCCCUCUCCUUCAGAGCAUCGCCAUUCGCUUGUCGCACACAUGGACGUGUGCCUCUCCGACGGAGAGGAAUUGGGCCGUCCAUGAGCGUGUUCAGGUGAAGAGGCGUAAUCAGCUUGGUUUCAUCAAGCUGACUCGUUUGGUGGAAAUAUCCACCAACUUGAGAUUGAGUCGUUGUCAGGGGAGGGGUUUUGGGCAAGUUCUUCCAUGGGAGGACGCUGAGGAGGAGACAGAGGACGCUAUUCGUCCGCCUCGUGAUGAGGGUGUUCGGCCGGCUUACCGAGUCACCGAGGCACAGCGCGACUGGCAGGUCCAGCGCGGGCGGAAGGAUCGCCUUUCAAAGGCACCUCCCAGCGUCGCAACGUAUUUCGGUCGUCGCGCCACGGUGCUCAUGGCGCAUGAGUUGGAGUUGGUGUACGAUCUCGAGUCUGAUCCCAUGGCUCAGGACGCGAUGGAGGCCGAGCCGUGGUCCGAUCCGGACGACUUGGUCGUGGAGUCGGAGCCAGGAGGUUCUAAUGACGAUGACGACGACACUCCUCUCAACCAGAUUUUGCGUCCUCGCACACGUGCGUCCACGGCGGCCGCUGCACCGUCUCCCGCAGCACGCCCUCCUUCGAGUGCUCCCGACAUCUCACAGCCAGGCCUGGCGGACCGUGUCGAGAGCAGUACGCCACACCCUUCGACCGAUCGUCGCGAACAGGGAGGGACUCGCGAGCGUGUCGACGAGGGAGACGACGACGAUGGUGACGAUAGGGAGGGAUAUGAGGGCAGCAGUGAGGAUGAGGAUGAUCCCUGUUAUUCCCCGACACGCGGACAUGGUGACGACGACGACGACGAGGGCGGUGACGGUGGACGGGCUGUGGGUGGUUUGCGGAAGUCCGAGAGACAGCGUGGCGACCGAUGCAGUGGUGCAGGCAGGGGAGGCAGCGGGCCGGGUGUUGGGGGUGCAGGGCGCGCAGGUGGUGCAGGGCGUGCUGGCACAGGAAAAGUAAGGCGAGAGUCUACAUCGUCCACUCACACUGUGCAUUGGGUUGAUGAGGAGAGGCCCGCUGAGGCAGCUGUGGUUGCUCCCUCCCCUAUGGAGGUUGCUCCCUCCCCUGCAGAGUUCGCUGCGGCGUCUGCAGAGGGCGCAACGGCGUCUGCGGAGGGUCCAGGCGGGUUUGCGGGKGGUAGUGGCGAUGCUGGAGAGGUUGGGAGGCCAUCUGCACAGGUGGGUGUCAGUUUCAGCGACAACAUUUUUGAUGUUACGUUAGGGCAUCCUCCGACACCGGUAGGGGAGCGUGUCGGUGUCGGUGUGGACGCAGCGGCCACGCCCGUCAGUCAAAUACUUCGUGACAUACCUUUAUGCAGCACGGGCGACAUUAGUAGUAGCAUGUUGCAGGAGGCAGCAGAGGGGGCACCGGGUCGGUUGGGGCAGCACGAGCGUGCAGCUGGGGAUGAUGGGGAGUGUCGACCUGUGCAGGAGCGGGCGACAGAGUCAGAGCAGGACAGGAUCGACCUCGAGGAGAGGAGGAGGGCGCARGGGUUGGCUAGYCGCUGCGAGAUGACRCAGAGUGUUGCAUUGAGGGCACGUGUAGCGUGGAUGCUCGAGACGGGCGUUGAGGCAGGUGAUGCAGAGGGCGAGUGCGGCGCUGCGGGCAUAGGGGAUGCGGGCGAGAGACCUGCGUCGCCAGUUCAGGGUGUUUGCGUAUUGCCUCUCGGUGGGGCCAUGUCAGUGGGGGAGUUGGAGCGGCAGGCACGGGAGGACCCGUUGCAGGCAGAUCACAGGGGGCGGAUGACCGAGGCGUCGAGGAGAUUGAUGGCAGAGGCCCCGACUUACGUACCUUGCAGCCCGUCAGUGCCAUCGUCCACCACAGGUGUCAGCACACCCGCAUAUGUGGAGGGCACAGCCGCAGUACGGGGCCCCUCGCCGACACCCGCCGGGGAGUCUCCUUCUCCUCAGUCACGGAAGAAGAAGAUGAGAGCAGGGAAAAGUCUUAGUACCGUGAGGAGAGUGACGCAGACGAUGCGGGCGAGUCAGCCUGGGUUGGCCGGUUUACAUCCGCGGACACGGGCGAUUUUGAGCGGGGACGUUGUCGCAGACGCAGCAGGAUGGCAGGAGAGGGUCUCCGACCGAGCGACGGAUCAGCCCAUGAGCGCACCUGCUGAGGGGACGUUGCCACAUACUGCAGGGCGUACAGCAGGCACCGGCGACCACGUCGAGCACAGUGCGCACCCCGGGAGGAGCAUGGCUGCACGUAUAUUGCGGGAAGAUGUGAGGGCAGCGACAUCGCAGCGACCGUCAUAGGCGCCAGUCGUUUGGGAGUCUGGCACAGACGAUUUGGAGAUGCCUUAUGGCCAGCGGAGGAGGGUUUCCGUGUACGAUCUUCUUCGACCACAGGGAGGGGUUGAGGCGGCGCCACAGGGGGAGAUUCAUGCUCCGGAUACUACGCACGCG